AAUGACAUGAAUGACUUGACUUGACUUGACUUGACUUGACUUGCAGUAAACAAAAAGUACAGCUGAGGCUGAUGCACCUAUAGUUUCAAAGGUAUGUUGUUAUAAAACAAACGUGUAAAAAAAUUCAGACGUUAAAAGAGUUCAAUAGCAAGUCCUCAAACAGCUGUGGAGUUUUCACCUCAUGUUGGCACGGUAGGAAAGAUCUGUGAGUCACCCAAGUCAUUAGGGGCCAUCUUUGCAUGACAUUUUGAAAUACUUUAGUCCCAAAUGGUGAACCAAGUACCAGCUGAGCAGAUGGCAGAAAGGAUACUCCUAGCAAAAAGAAUGUACUUUUGGUACAACCAAGAGCCUAUUGUGUUUAAACUUUACUUAUCUGCAUGCAUUUUAUCAGCUAUUGAACACACUGCUGUAUUAUUAUCAUUUUUUAAACCCCACUUAUGGCUUUCAAUGCCCCACUUGGCUUCCAUGUGUAGAAUUUGUGUUUGUGUUUGCUUCAGGCACACGCACAAUUGCACGUAUGAUACAAUGCGUGUAAGUAGGUACGCUGAAAGCCUAUUAUCCAAUUAGCGGCGUUGGAGAAGAGGUCGUCCUUGGCACGGCAAUUUCCCAAUUAGGGAGGAACACGUGAAUUUGCUCCCCUACUUAGAGACAUGGCAGUGGGGCAUUCGCGUCUUCACAGAAAGAGACAACACCGUGUCUGUAAAAAUAAAGAAAUCAGUGAGUGAAAAAAAAAACAAAAAACAAAAAAACAGAACCCUGAAAUAUGCACGCUUUGGUGAACGCCUUCAUUCGUUGCCUCUCCUUCCUCUUGCCUCCUUCUUGGCUUUGUGUCAGCUUUUGCUUGUGGGUUGGGAAUGACUGCGAAGAGACGCCGCCGCGGCCCAAUCCCAGAGCUCGUUUCAAAAGCAGAAAGCCUCUUACAUAUGAGGAAGUAGCAGCAGUAGCGGCAGCAGCGCUAGAAGCACAAGGAGGCACCAUCCCGUCGGUCUCGCCAGGUCCAGGCUGCGUCUCGCUGGCUGCUACAAGCCCCGCUGCUCCUCAGGGCCCUCCGUCGGGUCUGAUUUGGAUCGGGGGUCUCUGGCGAGCCGUGGAGCGCGUCCUCGGAGCACCCUGGGUCCUUCUCCGCCAUCACUGGUGCCCGAAGAAGCGUCGAGCAGCUUUGCGCACCCCAUAUCCUGUCUGUGCCUUCGAGUCGAGUGAGAUUAGAAGCUCCCAGGGAGGCGCUGCUGCCGCUGCUAUAACCGAGGGAGGGAAGGGACCGGGCGAAACCACCUUGACUUAUUCGGGGAACAUGAGCGUGUCCGCGGGUAUCCCCAGUCUGAACCCAGCGGAGUGCGCCUCGGAUGCAUCAGGGGAGCAGGGCAUCGAUGAGGUAAUUACCGUGGACCAGCACUCGCAGGAGAUGGGGCCGGUGACGAUAACGGUGGCUAUCCAAGCAGCGGAGGACGAGGAGCCGGAGGAAGUGUCAUCCAAUAAUAUUGAGUUCCUCGGAGGCAGCUGUAGCGAGGACGAAAUCGGACGACAUGACAAGUCAAGCGGCGCUGGGACCAGCGGAGGUGAGUUGGAGGAGGAGAGCUGGCAGCCCCCAGAUCCGGAGCUCAUCCAGAAGCUGGUCACCCAGAUCGAGUACUACCUGUCCGAUGAGAACUUGGAGCACGACGCCUUCCUGCUUAAACACGUCAGGCGCAACAAACUCGGGUUUGUCAGCGUCAAACUGCUCACCUCGUUCAAAAAGGUGAAACACUUGACUCGUGACUGGAGAACAACUGCUUAUGCCCUGAGACACUCAAAGAUACUUGAGCUGAAUGAUGAGGGACGGAAAGUGCGGCGUAAAUCUGCAGUGCCGGUCUUUGCCAGCGAGUCACUGCCUAGCCGCAUGCUGCUGUUAAGUGAUUUGCAGAGGUGGCCAGAGCUGGCCGCCCUCACCAAGGAUAAUGGAAGUGGCGAGGGAGGAGCCACUCAGCAGGAGCAGCUGAUGAAACUGUUACUGAAAGCGUUUGGAACUUAUGGCGCCAUCGCCUCCGUCAGAGUCUUGAAGCUGGGGAAGGACCUGCCGGCGGACUUGAAGAGGCUGAGCGGUCGCUACACUCAGCUAGGCUCCGAGGAAUGCGCCAUUGUGGAAUUCGAGGAGGUCGAGGCCGCCGUCAAAGCCAACGAAGCUGUCGGGAGCGAGGACGGGGGCGCUUCGCUAGGGCUGAAGGUGGUCCUGAUUGGCACCAAGCCGCCUAAAAAGAAGGUACAAAAAGAACGCCCCCGUGAGGAGGGAGGGAUGCGCAAGAGUCGCUCUCUCAACAGCAGAGUACGAGAGCUUCAGUACCACGGGGAUGACUCGGCGUGCAGCUCCUCGGAGACGGAGAGCACUCCCACGUCGCCCAGGUUGGCUAGAAAGUCCCAGUCGUGCAACAAGCUCAGCCCCACCACCGCAGGAAUCAGCUUCCAGAACAAUCACCUGAGUCCUGGCAUGUCCCCGCGUAACAGCCCCUGGUCCAGCCCACGUGCCAGCCCCUGUCCGCAACGCAAAUCGCCCCAUUCCCACAAGUCCCCGUUAGUCGUUGAGGGCAGACUGAGCCCCGAGCCUGGGCGCCGCUGGGCAGACUACUCCUCAGACAGUAGCCUCACCCCUUCAGGGAGUCCAUGGGUUCAGCGGCGCAAGCAGGUGGCAUCUCAAGAGAGCAGUCCAGUCGGCAGCCCCAUGCUGGGUAGAAAGAUCCAGAACGCCGAUGGCCUGCCGCCGGGAGUAGUGAGGCUGCCGAGGGGCCCUGAUGGGACCCGUGGCUUUCACUGCGUCACCGUCGGUGAGAGGGGAAAGACUGCAGCCACUCAGACUUGAUAUGUAGGGGCAUCCUUAUGCAUCCCCUAUCCCCCAGAAACAAAUUGACAUACUGGAAACCUGAGCUGUUCUCGGCAGUGUUGCUCAGCCCCGGCCCCACAUUUGAGACUGUGUAUAUAUAGUUUUGUUGAGUGCAUCAGUUUUCAGUCUUUGUUAUAUUUUUAUACAGCAUUUUGAGUUACCAUGGUAACAUUAGUGAUUUGCUAAUGGGAAUAUUGAGUGAAUGUACUGAUAUUGCUUUGAGAGAAUACUUUACAUACACCACUGAACCAUGUCACCUCUCUUUCAUCUAAUACUGGUCUAUCAUGGGCGAGCCGGGGAAGGAUUUCCACCUUUUUCCUUUCUCUUCUUUCUUUCUUUUUUUUUUUUUUUAAUUAUCAAGUGUCUUCUGUCUUGUGUGUAAAAUCUAUGAGCAUUGUCUGUGGAUGGUGUAUAAAUGUGUAAGUGGUAUAAAUGGCAUAGGCACAUGGACUUGAUAGAAAUAUCACCAUAUGCCUUCUGUAUUUGUCUACCGUGAGAUCCAUGUUUUGUUUUGUUUUUGUUUGUUUUUUUUUAUUUCUAUUGAAUCUGAGGCCAUAAUCGCUCUACUGCCAUAAAAGGUCGCACAGCUCAACUUGGACAUUACAUUUUCUUUUAGCAUUUAUUUUUAAUUUCAUACUUUUCAGUAUGCUUUGGCACUUAGUUGGUAAAGGUCUCUUCUAGACCCCUGGAUACGUUUGUCAGGAAGCUGCUUUAUUUAUUUUGUUUUAGCAUUUUACGUUUUCUCAGUUCAUCCCAGGUCACAAUGAGGUUUGAGGGACGUUCAGGUCAGGCAGAAUAGAUGCUCUCAUGUUCUUGCCUUUACAUCUGAGCUGGGGUAUUUGUACACUGCAAUUACUAUUGUACAAAUAAAUCACUAAAAUUGCAA